UUGGCUGCGGGGCUUCCGGCGGCGGCGAGGGGCUGCUUGAGGCGAAGGCGCCAUCAUGGACGUCGUCAAGGCCGAGAUCGAGCGGAAGCGGAAGCUGCUGGAGGAGAAGGAGCUGCUCGGGGGAAAUAAAAAAUACUUUAAGCGUAGUGAGUUGGCCAAGAAGGAAGAAGAGGCAUAUUUUGAAAGAUGUGGUUGCAAGCCUGUAAACGAGAAGCCACCAGGAGAGGUUCAGCAGGAAGAGGAAGAGGAGGAGAAGACAGUAACUGCAUCAAAUCCAGUAUUAGAACUAGAGUUGGCAGAGGAGAAGUUGCCUAUGACUCUUUCUAGACAAGAGGUCAUGAGGAGAUUGAGAGAAAGGGGUGAACCUAUCAGACUGUUUGGAGAAACAGAUUAUGAUGCCUUUCAGAGGCUGCGAAAGAUAGAAAUUCUAGCGCCAGAAGUCAACAAGGGAUUAAGGAAUGACCUGAAGGCUGCUUUGGAUAAAAUAGACCAGCAGUAUCUGAAUGAAAUUGUGGGUGGGCAGGAACAGGGAGAGGAUGAGACACAGAAUGAUCUCAAAGUCCAUGAAGAGAACACAACCAUUGAAGAAUUGGAGAUGCUUUCAACAGAGCUUCCACUCUCAGAUUCAUGGAUUUCUGUGCAGGCUUUGGGAGAAUCUUUAGGACAAGGGGAUGACCAUAAAGACAUGGAUAUCAUAACCAAAUUCUUGAAGUUUCUUCUUGGAGUCUGGGCUAAGGAGUUGAACGCCAGAGAAGAUUAUGUGAAACGUGGUGUACAAGGCAAGCUAAACAGCGCCACUCAGAAGCAGACAGAAUCAUACCUGAGACCUCUGUUCAGAAAACUUCGGAAAAGGAAUAUCCCUGCUGACAUCAAGGAAUCAAUAACGGACAUUAUCAAGUUCAUGCUGCAAAGGGAGUAUGUGAAGGCUAACGAUGCCUAUCUGCAGAUGGCCAUUGGGAACGCUCCCUGGCCUAUCGGCGUCACUAUGGUGGGCAUCCAUGCGCGAACUGGUCGAGAGAAGAUUUUCUCAAAGCACGUGGCUCACGUUCUGAAUGAUGAAACUCAGAGGAAAUACAUCCAGGGCUUGAAGAGGCUGAUGACCAUUUGCCAGAAACAUUUCCCUACCGACCCAUCCAAAUGUGUGGAGUACAAUGCGCUGUGACAAUGUGGAUACGCAGGUUAUGAGAGAAGAAAGCAGUCUCUAUGAAAUGCUCUCCGUUUGGGAAUUGGAGUGAGCUGGGGUGGGAGAAGAAAGGCAUGCGGCUUUACUGAGGCUCAGUCGCACAGAUCAUAUUCAUUUUCUCUUUUGAUGAACCUUUAUGUCUUCUUCAAGUCCUGGGCUGGAACAUGUUGCCGGCUUGUCUCGCUAGCUUGAGGACAAGUUUGUAUAUGUGUGUGUUUUCCUUUAAUUUUUAUCAGAGCAAAAGUUCAGUUCUACCUUGCCUUUUAGAUUUUGAGCCUCCUUGCUUUAUAAGGACUGAUUUCAUCACAGUUUUGAAACAUGAGUUGUAUUUAUCAUUGUACAUAGGACCAUUUUAUUUUCUUGGUACUUCAUUUAUAGGAAAAAUAUAUUUCUAAGAAAUGCACCCAAGCUUUUGAUUGAUUCAUUCACUUUUGUAUCAGAAAUUAUUUUUCAUGAUUGUGACCAGGACACUUAACUCCACACUGUGGUGUGAGAACUUUAGGGUGAACAGAACUGGUCCAGCUAAACUGGCAUCCUGCUGCCUCUGUCUUUGUGCAUUAUGACUUCGUUAUCGGUGAAUUUUUUGUUUAUGUUUUUUCUGUAUAUAUGUGCAAAUAUGAAUAAAAAUUUAUAUAUAUA